GCCACAUCAAUUCCGCUCUCAUUGUCUAUAAAGCUAUUGGAAUUGGAGCAAGUAUGACAAUGCGUCAUUUACUUUAGAUAUCUCAAGUCAACUUUCAUCUCGAGCCAAACUUUCACCUCACUGCCACAAUGGCAGCAGAAAGUAACAGGUCUACGCCAGCAGCUGAUCAGGAACUCGGAUAUGAACUCAUUCGCAAGGCUGGUCCGCUGGAGUUAUUGACGCACCUGUUCCACGAUCUCGGUAUCCAAUCGAAUGUCCUUGUUUGCGCUGAGUACUUCAAAGACGGUCAACUCUUGACGAAAUCUAAGGUACUGGAGGCUCUCGCCAAAGUCAUCAAUGAUCAUCCUGCUUUGAGUAUCAUUGGGGUCAGUCAGCCAUCCGAAAUAAAAGAAGGAAAUCAUCGACUAUGGGAGGCUCGAUUGCCUACUCUUCGCAUCCAGGAUUGUGUCAAAUUCCUCACUAUUCAAGGCGAUGUGGAUCUUGCUCUGGUCUUCGAGAAUGCACACAGUCAGUGGUUUGACACCAAAGAUACAACGAAGCCAUGGUGGAAGUUGCUCGUCAUCAACGGUCGGUACGCGGUAUUUGUCUAUCAUCACUCAAUAGGCGACGGGCUUUCUGGUUAUGCGUUCCACCGCAGUUUCCUCACUGCCUUGAAUGCAGACGAAAUGUCAUCCGAAGCAUUAAGGGUAACGGCCCACGACACUUUCUUGAUCCAACAACCAGUCAAGAUGCCGACUCCUUCUCCCUUCGAUCAUAUUGACGGCAAGUUAUCGUGGAUAUACAUCAUUUAUUGCUUCUUCUUCUGGAGCAUUUUGCGUUUCUUCGUCAAUCAAAAGUACUUCCUAUUCUCCGACGCCAUAUUUUCCAAGGACUACCCCUCACUCGCCAAACCAUUCCCCGCAGAGAUGAAAACUCGCACCAAAGUAGAGCUGCUCAGGGUUGACGGUGACACGAUGACCAAAUGUUUGUUAGAAUGUCGAAAACACGAAACAUCGUUUACAGCUCUACUUCAAACACUUAUUCAAGUCACUCUCGCUGCAGACUUCUAUCCCAAGGCCAAGCUCGGCUUCUCACGACUCGCGGUGAACCUUCGACCACUACUGAGGGUCAAUCCUGGUCGUGAUGUAUUCACGAACGCGGUCAGCACAUAUUACCGAGUCCAGCCGCUGGGCAGGUACCGAUCUUGUGCAAAUGAACGGUCCCCAUCUCAAGCUCCGGUAUCCAUACAAGAUAUUACCAUUGAUGUACCAACAGUGUGGGAACUAGCAAAGGCAUACAAACAAGACUUGAACCGCGCAACAUAUAAGACUGGAACAAUUAUGCAAGAUUUUCUGGUUUGUAAGAUUCUCGAUCGAGACAUGGAAGACGUCAGCUUUUACGGCCACGGAACCUUCCAAAAUAACUCUUUCCUGAUCUCCAACCUGGGCGUGUUCGAGCCACGGGAGGAUAUGGCUGACGGUGGGUGGAGUAUCAAAGGGGUUGGUUUCUCGGCUGGAGCAGUUCGAGCAACACUGAGUGACUUUGGUAUUGUGUUUGACGUGGCCAGUAUCAAGGGAGGAAAUUGUCUGAUUUCUGCAACCUAUGAGGAAGGCGUGUUGAAGGAUGAAAUGGUAAAGGAGGUGGUGAUGGCGCUUCUGGCAAGGAUCAAACUGUUGAUCUGAUUCUAGGUUACGAGCUCUAAAGUUAGUUUUCACGUCAAGGAUUCUGUGCUCUGGACCAAAAAAAAUCCAUCUUGGAAUAUUCCUCUCAGUCUGGUACAAUGAGAGGUAGCCGAAGAAUAUUGAAAGUAUGUAAUGGUAGAGUUCAUACACAAGCUUGAAUCCCGAG